UCCAUGCCGCAACACCAGUCUGUUGCUCUUCCACAGGACUGCGUGUUUGAGAGAAACAGAUAAAAAAGAACAAUGUUUUUUAAAAUGCAGAAAUGUUUAAGCAGGCUUUUCAAGGCUUAAUAUCCUGAAAGUAAUUUUCUUUGAUCAUUUUAAAAAGGGCUCAAGUUGGUUCAGUGAUUUAUGAAAAAAGCAGAAAAACAUUGUCGUUUGUGGAUUUUACGGCAGAUUUUGUGCGUGUACAUUUCUGUCCACGGAGGUGUCGAGGCGGGCACACGGGCCAAGUAUUCAGAAGCUCCAGGAGAGGGCGGUGAAGUCAUUCGGUGCAAAAGGAAACUGCAAUAACAACAGAGAAGACCAGGAAGCAGCUGCAAAGAUUUGCGCAUGCGCCAUACACUGUACCAAGUUAAAACUAGAAACGACGAAACGUCAGUAACGGUUAAAGAUGACGACCUCGUGGAGCGACCGUCUGCAGAACUUCGCUGCUCUUCCAGCCAACAUGGACGGUGUGGCCAUGAAGAAGUAUCGUCGUGAAGCCCACCACAGAGUGUUUGUUAAUCGAAGCCUGGCCAUGGAAAAGAUCAAGUGUUUUGGUUUUGAUAUGGAUUACACUCUUGCAGUGUAUAAAUCUCCUGAAUAUGAGUCCCUGGGCUUCGACUUGACAGUGGAGCGCCUGGUAUCCAUUGGAUAUCCACAGGAGCUGCUGAACUUUGUCUACGAUCCCUCCUUCCCCACCAGAGGUCUGGUGUUCGACACAAUGUAUGGGAACCUGCUCAAAGUUGAUGCCUAUGGAAACAUUCUGGUGUGUGUGCAUGGGUUCAACUUCUUGAAGGGACCUGACAUCAGAGAGAUGUACCCGAACAAAUUCAUCCAGCGUGGAGACACAGACCGCUUCUAUAUCCUCAACACUCUCUUUAACCUCCCCGAAACCUACCUCUUUGCCUGCCUGGUGGAUUUCUUCAAUAACUGCUCCAGAUACUCCAGCUGUGAGACUGGAUUCAAAGACGGGGACCUCUUCAUGUCCUACAAGAGCAUGUUCCAGGAUGUCCGAGAUGCUGUGGACUGGGUUCACUUCAAGGGCUCCUUGAAAGAAAAAACCGUUGAAAACCUGGAGAAGUACGUGGUGAAGGACCCGAAGCUUCCUCUGCUCCUGAGUCGCAUGAAUGAAGUCUCCAAAGUGUUUUUGGUCACCAACAGUGAUUAUAAGUACACACAG